AUGGAGGAGAUAAUUUUUUUUCAUGAUCAGAUUAUGUUUUUACUGAUUGUUAUUGUGGUAGUAGUGUUGUGGUUGUUGGUUGAGGCUUUAAAUGGUAAGUAUUAUGAUAGAGAUUUGGUUGAUGGGACUUUAUUAGAAAUAGUUUGGACUAUAAUCCCAGCUGUAAUAUUGGUUUUUAUCGCUUCUCCUUCUUUAAAAUUAUUGUAUUUGAUGGAUGAGGUUGUGGGUCCGGCUUUAACAAUUAAAGCAAUUGGACAUCAAUGGUAUUGGUCUUAUGAAUACUCCGAUUAUCAGGAACAAACGUUAGAGUUUGAUUCUUAUAUGAUUCCAACGUCGGAUUUAAAUAGUGGUGACUUUAGGUUAUUAGAAGUAGAUAAUAGAUUGGUGGUUCCUAUUAAUACACAUGUGAGAAUUUUAGUAACUGGUGCGGAUGUUUUACAUUCAUUUGCUGUCCCUGCCUUGGGUGUAAAAAUGGAUGCGGUUCCGGGUCGGUUGAAUCAAGUUGGUAUUUUUAUUAAAAGACCAGGGACGUUUUAUGGUCAAUGUUCAGAAAUUUGUGGGGCAAACCAUUCUUUUAUGCCUAUUGUAAUCGAGGCGGUUUCAUUAGAUCGGUACAUCAAUUGA